GAAAUAACUGAGCUAGUUGAUGGUUCUUUCCUCUUCCUUUUUAGGUGCUGCUCCGAUUUGCUCGAUAAAGCAUGUUGUGUAAUCACAUGGACAGGUGCUCUGUACCCUCCUCCUACAACCCCCAUGCUUUUAAAAUGCAAACAAGCAGGGCAACAACCCCAGUGUUGAAAUGUUCCAGUUAGAAACCUGUUUGGAUAACCCAGCAGUGCUAUUUGCCCUUCUGGAAUAGGGCAAAACAGUGCAUGGUAGUGGGAAUUCAAGCAGGCCCACAGAGCGCUGAGGCAGAGAGGAGAGGGCAGAGGCAAUAAGGGACCGGAGACACUCUUGGUGAAACCACCCUUCAACAGCUAGAGGGAAGACUGUUAAAUCAUGAAACUAAUCGCCAUCCUCUUCCUCUGCUCCAGGCUGCUCCCAAGUUUGACCCAGGAACCCUUCUCAACGGACAUUGACUGUAACAACGAGGAAGUUUUCAAGGCUGUGGAUGCUGCACUGAAGAAAUAUAACGGUCAAAACCAAAGCGGCAACCAGUUUGUAUUGUACCGUAUAACCCAGGUCAUCAAGACGGAAAGCUCUGGCACAUUUUAUUCCUUCAAGUACGAAAUCAAGGAGGGUGAUUGUCCUGUUCAAAGUGGCAAAACCUGGCAAGACUGUGACUACAAAGAAGCUUCGGAAGCUGCCACAGGGGAAUGCACAGCGACAGUGAAGAGGAAAGAUACAAAAUUCAUCGUUGCUACCCAGACCUGCCAGAUUACUCCAGCCGAGGGCCCUGUAGUGAUGAAAGAGUACACCUGCCUUGGAUGUGAUCACCCUAUAUCGACAGACAGCCCUGACCUGGAGCCUGUUCUGAGACACGCCAUUGAGUACUUUAACAACAACACUGAGCACCCCUACCUCUUUGCUCUUCAGGAAGUGAAGAAGGCCCAUAGACAGGUGGUGGCUGGAUGGAACUAUGGAAUUACCUACUCAAUUGUGCAAACUAAUUGUUCCAAGGAGAAUUUUCUAUUCUUAACUCCUGACUGCAAGUCCCUUUUGAAUGGUGAUUCCGGUGAAUGUAGAGGCAUUGCGUACAUGGAUCCUCAGCUAAGAAUCACUUCUUUCACACAGAACUGUGACCUUCACCCAGAAGCGGAAUUUGUACCACCACCUACCAAGAUUUGUGCUGGCUGUCCCAAGGAGAUAGCCGUUGACAGCCCAGAGCUGGAGGAGGCUUUAAAUCAUUCCAUCGCAAAGCUUAAUGCAGAGAGUAACGAAACUUUCUAUUUCAAGAUUGACAGUGUGAAAAACGCAACAGUACAGGUGGUGGCUGGAAGGAAAUUUUCUUUUACUUUCAUAGCCAGAGAAACCACUUGUUCCAAGGAAAGUAAUGAAGAAUUGAUCAGUAGUUGUGAAACCAAGGAAGCUGGAAAAGUUCUAGAAUGCAAUGCUGACGUUCACGUGGUACCUUGGGAGGAAAAAAUUUACCCUACUGUCAACUGCCAACCGCUGGCAAUGGACUCAUUGAGGAAAAGGCCUCCAGGUUUUUCACCCUUCCGAUCAGUACUAUGGAAACCGGUGGGAACAGGAGAAGUAACAACUAGGCAACUAAGGCCCUGCGAGUACAAGGGCCGACCCCCCAAGGCAGGGGCAGAGUCAACACCUGAGAGUGAGGUCUCUUGACCCGUGGGCAGAAGCGUCACGCCUGGCACCACAGCCCUGACAGUCCCUGUCAGCAUCCCCGAGUAGGAGGACAAGAAGAUGGGAUAAGGAAUUUAAAUAGAGAAGAAUGCCAUCUUAUCAUUCUGUUCCUGGGUGAAAUAAAGUUCCGUUUUGAUGUUCUCACUCCUGGUUAAUUCACAGUGGUCUCCUCCUUUCAGCCAUGUCCAUCCUGCAGCAAAUUCAAGCAAUGCAAAGAGCCAGUGGCCUGGCUCUGUCCUUCCCUCUCCAGCCAAGGCAGGAAUCCCUUAGAGGGGCUUUCCUACCACCAAUAUCUCAUCACAGGCAUUAAAUCAAGACUUACCUGUUGCCGUUGAGUUGAUUUCGACUCAUGGCGACCCCAUGUGUUGCAGAGUAGAACUGCUCCAUAGGGUUUUCUUGGCUGUAAUCUUUACAGAAGCAGAUCACCAGGACUUUCUCCCACAGCCCCACUGGGAGGGUUCGAACCACCAACCGUUCCGUUAGCAGAAGAUCAAACAAACAGCUUGUACCACCCAAACCGAAACCAAACCCAUUGCCAUUGAGUUAAUUCCAAUUCAUAGCGACCCUGUAAGACAGAGUAGAACUGCCCCAUAGGGUUUCCAAGGAGCACCUGGUGGAUUCCAACUGCUGACCUUUUGGUUAGCAGCCAAAUUCUUGACCACCGUGCCCCCAGUGCUCCUGUGCCGCCCAGGGACCUUCUAAAUCAAGGGUUAAAAAAAAACCAAAAACUAUCGCAUUGAGUCGGGUCCAACUCAUAGCAACUUUAUAGGACAGAGUAGAACUUCCCCUUAGGGAAGCUGACUGCCACAUCUUUUUCCCGCUGGUGGGUUCAAACGGCUGACCUUCCAGUUAGCAGCUGAGUGCCUAACCACUGUACCACCGGGGCUCUUUUAAAUCAAGGGUUAGUGGACCAUAUCUCUACCAGCAACUUAAGCAGUCUAUCUAUGCCUUCUCUUCUUCCCUUUUUGUCAUCAUUCUCAGCCCAAAGCUAUCAGCAAUUUGGCUUAUGAUUGCUUUUUAUAAUCCAAAUAGAUUAUAAAAAAAAACAAGAAAAAAACCUGCUUUGUGCAUAUGAUGUCUACCAACUUCUCAUUAACAGGAAAUAUCUAACUUGAAAGAGUUUAAAGAAAAUUAGAAAUGGUUAUUUCUGAUCUGGGUACAAGGAAAAAAAUAGAAAACCAAUAGUAUCAAAAAUGAUAGAGGUUUCAACAUUUCUGUAAUAAAAACAUUUUUUGAAUGUCUAUAACAGCCAUUUACUAUGCUAGAGAAUUAAUUUUUGGUGUGUAUCUGAAUCUUCACACCACUCAGAGGCCGCUGAGAUCAUCUUUCUUGUGCAAUGAAGAAAUAGUGAGUCACGGUGCCCUACCCAGGGUCACACAGUUAAUAAGUGACUGAACUGGCAUUCAGACUCAGUCCUUUCCAACUCCACUAGACCAGGUCAUCUUGAGGCCUUUAUUAUAUUGUCGUUAGAAAAAAACACACCAAGGUAAGUUCUGAUUCUGAGCUCAUCAUUAUCUCAAUCUAAUAGCCCUUAUAAGGUAUCUAAUUAUGGCCGGUGCUGUUCUGACUAGUGUUUUCGGUCAACUAUAACUGAGUCGAGCAGCAGGCUUUGACUCUUUAAUAUGCUUAGCACUAAGUCCUGAGGAGAAGAGGAAUAAAUUUAAAAAGACAUACGUCCUUUCCCUUAAAGAGUUUACAACCACCUCGAGAAGUUGUCAUGGAUUGAAUUGUGUCCCCCAAAAUAUCUGUCAACUUGCCUAGGCCAUGAUUCCCAGUAUUGUGUGAUUGUCCACCAUUUUGGCAUCGGACGUGAUUUCCCUGUGUGUUGUACAUUCUAUUUCUACGAUGUUAAUGAGGUGGGAUUAGAGGCAAUUAUCUUAAUCAGGCAGGAAUCAAUCUACAGGAUUAGGUUAUGUCAUAAGCCAAUCUCUUCUGAAAUAUAAAAAAGUGAGCAGAGAGACAGGAGGACCUCGUACCACCAAGGAAGCAGUAUUAGGAGCAGAGCAAGUCCUUUGGACCCAGGGUCCCUGUGCCUGAGAAGCUCAUAGACCAGGGGAAGGUUGAUAACAAGGGCCUUCCUUCAGAGUCAACAGAGAGAGAGAGCUUCCCCUGGAGCAGGCGCCCUGAAAUCGGACUUCUAGCCUCCUAGGCUGUGAGAGAAUAAACUUCUGUUUGUUAACGCCAUCCACUUGUGGUGUUUCUGUUAUAGCAGCACUAGAUGACUAAGACAGAAGUCAAGACUAAAAGCAUAAGGAAUAGAGACCUAAUCCAAGCCAUGAACAUUUGUGGAGCAGUAAGCAGACCUUGCCAAUGGGACAGGAAGACUUUGAAGAGGUGGAGGGACCAGCACAGAAAGGCAGAAUGAAGCCAGGUUCAGAGUUUAGAUUGAAGCAAACAGUAGGAAGACAUCCUGGGGGUGCAAUCAGUGAACACACUCAGCUGCUAACUGAAAGUUUGGCAGUUUGAAUCCACCCAGAAGAAAGGCCUGGCAAUCAACUUCUGAAAACUUUGUCAUUGAAAACGCUGUGGAGCACAGUUCUACUCUGACACACACACAGGGUCGCCAUGAGUUGAAGACGACUUGAUGGCAGCUAGCUUAGGCAGUAGGGUGCCACUUAAAGUUCUUAGGCAGAGGCAUGAUAAAAGAAGUGUGUGCCCAGUCAAACCUCAGAUAACUGCAGCCUCUCAAGAGAUCCUGCACUCGAACCACUCUGCUCAGCCACCCCUGAAUUUCUGACCACAGAAACUACGAGAUAAUAAAUGUUCACAGAAGAAGUGUUUGAGACAGAUUAUUCUGCAGAGUCUGGGCAGCGCUGAUUAGAGUGAGAGGUGACAGGAAACUCGGCCAUGUUGGUCCCAUUACAACAGAAGCAUAACCAUCGAGAAGUGGUAUAUGGAGCCAACAGUUCUCACUGUAGUCAACAGCAUGAAGCA